AUGUCAAGAGUUAUAGAAAAUGACAAAAUUCCUGAGUAUCCAAAUGUCGCAAUCAGACCGAGAAGCCCUAGAAAAGUUUAUCUGAAAGAGAAAAGCAAAAUACUGCCAGAUUUUAAUGCGGCAGAACAUUUAGCUCCACAGAUCUAUUUUGAUAGAGAUACAAUCACUAAACUGAUCGAAGAAGAGAAACCAGAGAAUUUGACCGUGAUGAGAAAACUCUCCUGUUUCAAUCAAAGUUUAGGAGAUUUCGAUGACAAUUCAAAACAUUUUGUUUUGUCAAAACCGAAAAAUGUUUUUGGAACUUCUGAAACAGAGAAUGGAGAGUUUGUAACUGUCCUUCCUUUGAAAGAAGACCCACCUCCUUUAAUCGAAGUUCCUCCUUUUAUUCAACAGGACAGAAAUGAACCAAACUUCAUUAUUCCUCCUGUAGAAGAAGAUAUUCCAGCUUCUUCAAAAGUUUAUCCACCAUGUCCAAGUUCUCCAAGAGGACAAAGACCUCAUUCGCCAUCAGUGAGAAAACGAAGAGAAUUCUUGAAUACAUUGACAACAGCAGCAGAAACAAACCAAAAUGUUCCUGCAAAUGAUUUUCAGAAACCAAAAAUCAUAAAUCCAUCAACAAGUAUCGGAAAAACAAGGUUUGGCUCUUUAGUCAAACUUUUUAGCCAAGUUCACAAAAAGAAAAAUAGAAAUUCCAUGAAAUCUUUUGUUUGA